CCUGGGGUCCCCGACCCUUCUGAACGUCCAGAAUGGUGUUCCUGAAAUUCCUCUGCACGAGUUUGUUAUUCGGCCACCUGUGUCAGGGCUACUUCGAUGGCCCCCUCUACCCAGAGAUGUCCAACGGGACUCUGCACCACUACUUCGUGCCGGAUGGGGACUACGAGGAGAACGAUGACCCCGAGAAGUGCCAGCUGCUCUUUAGGGUGAGUGAGCACCGGCGCUGCUCGCAGAGGGAGGGGAGCCAGGCCGGCAGCCUGGUGAGCCUCACCCUGCGCGAGGAGUUCACGGUGCUGGGCCGCCAGGUGGAGGACGCUGGGCGCGUGCUGGAGGGCAUCAGCAAGAGCAUCUCCUACGACCUGGACGGGGAGGAGAGCUACGGCAGAUACCUGCGGCGGGAGUCUCACCAGAUCGGGGAUGCCUACUCCAACUCCGACAAGUCGCUGACCGAGCUGGAGAGCAAGUUCCGGCAGGGUCAGGAGCAGGACAGCCGGCAGGACAGCAGGCUGAACGAGGACUUCCUGGGCAUGCUGGUCCACACCAAGUCCCUGCUCAAGGAGACGCUGGACAUUUCUGUGGGGCUCAGGGACAAAUACGAGCUCCUGGCCCUCACCAUCCGGAGCCACGGGACUCGGCUAGGUCGGCUGAAAAACGACUAUCUCAAAGUGUAGGUGGGAGGGCGCGGGGCAGGGGAUGAAAGAUGGGCUACAUUCCCCUUAUACCUGCUAUUUUUUUAUAUCCAGAUUUGCACUUUGAAAAUGCAUCUGAGGUCAUCUUUAAAAAGAAAAAAAGGUUCAGAGUUGAGUAAUUUAGUUUUUUGGUUUUGUUUUUGUACAUUAUUUAUGUGAUUGUUGCGGAUGUAUCACCUGGAAAGGACAAUUUGACAGCCGUUGCUAGAGAGCUUUGUAACUCUGCAGAGAUACCCCCUUCAGCCACAUUAAAAAGGACAGUUGAUGUGGUAGGGGCUGUUUAAACUUCUGUAUCCUAGAGAUUCUGUGGAAAUAGCGAGAGAGGGUAACGCACAGCUCCUUUCAGCCAGCCUCCAGCCUCCUCUCUGAAAAGCUGUCAAGAGUUGCCUGUUUUUCAAAUGAGGUCCAAGGUGCUGCCGGCUCAUGGCAGCUGCUUGUUAGAUCUUUUCCUUUCCUCUCUUAUUUAUUAACCAUGAUUGGAGAGUUGUUUUUGGUUUUGUUUUGUAACAAUAGUGUCAAGAAACUCUAUGCAAAUCGUCCUUUGUGGGGUGAAUUGCGAAGUGCCUCUGUGGGUGUGAGUUAAAGCGGCCGGAUUUACAGAGCUCGAGCUUUGCAGUGAUGGCGCGCUCACGUUGAUGCGCGGAUUCGCUCUGCCUCGCCUUGUUGGUCUGUGCUUUGUCAUCAGGGCUACAGUAAAUUACAGAGAAGUGUCCAGAUGGCUUCCACACAACCCCACGGGCCUGUCAUGUGGGUUACCAAUAUAUUCUUUCUCAAUGUAUUUGGGGGUUUGCUUCUGUUUGCUCAUUGGUCACUUGUACUUCAAGUAGGGAGAGUUCUAUUAACUCCUAAGUUUUAUUAUUCAGCCAAUAAAUAUGUUUUCUUAUAAUACUGGUUUAUUUUCUAAUUUACCUCUGUAACUUUCAUAUUUCAAAAAGGGGUCAGGGCCAAAGCAGAGAGAAGGAUGGGAUUCCAGCCAGUUUACUUAGAGUAUAUCAUAAAGAAGGCAGAAGGAUAGCCUCAUAUUUGGCAAGUCUCCUCUCUCUGGCCACCCUUACCAUCCUCACAAGAAAAAAAAAAAUCUAGCCUGUGUCAGAACUUUAAGUUUGAUCUCUCCUGGUAUGCUUUCAAAUUCAAGUUUUCUCCCAUAGACUCAACUGGACAAGUUUACGGCAAAGCUCCUAUCUUAUCUUUCUUCAUUAUGCAGAGAAACCAUUCUAUUCUAAGUUCUGAGAACUACAAUGAUGCUUACUAAUUGUGAAGUCAGGUCUACAUUAUUUAAUUAAUGGCUUAAAAAGUUGGAAAUGACUUUAUUUCAUGUUUUUUUCCUAGCUAAACCUCCCUCUUAUUUUAUAUAUGUUUUUUGUUCACAGACACAAGAAAAUAAAUACAUCUUCAUAUUUGGUUCUAUAAAAAUCCAUUUAUUUCUCUUCCAUACAUGAGGAUGCAAGGCUUUUAUUCCUCUGAUGUAUACAAUGUU